AAAGUGUCCGUCAAAUGUGCGAGAUUCGGGAUUCCGCCACUAAAUGCUAGAAUUGGAGCCGAUCCUGAUCGUGCGCCUUUUUUGUUUUGCCAACAAUUUAAAAUAUGUACACAUGUUACCCAGAGCUCAAUCCUACAAUUUUACUGAAGUGAGUGCAGGGGGUGGAACUGGGCACUUGUACCCUUCAGCUUCAGGACCAAUCAUUUCCUCAGCUCUCGGCGUCGAAUACAAUUUGUGUUAAUUUCAGAAAGUUUCUUCCUGUUGUUCGUCUCUUCCGCUUCUAAUCGUUCAGGCCGAAGAAUGUCUGCAUCAUCCCUCUCCUUAGUGAAGACAGAGACAAAGUACUCAUUAAGAACCCUGCUCACAUCUUCAGCAUCAAUGCACAAGUUACCACAUAUGACUGAAAAGGAAGGUGGCUCCUCUGAUGUACCAGGAACAGAGGAAGAUGACACAGCAUUGGGAGAUACUGUUGAUGCAAGGCCAGACAGGUCAUCAAGAUUUCUAAAUUUCAACAAGAAAAAAACAAAAGAUGAACAAGGAAAGGAUCCUGAAAUAUCUGAUUGUCACACGCGGGUUGUUACACCCACAUUCUUGUAUGAUAUGAACUUCAAAAGAGUAGGAAAAUGCAUUAUUAUCAAUAAUAAGAAUUUUGAUGACAAAACAGACAUGAACGUGCGUAACGGCACUGACAUUGAUGCUGGGAAUCUGUUUACGUGUUUUAGCUCUUUGGGUUUCAACGUUGUUGUUUUAAAUGAUCAGACUUGUUCUCAAAUGGAGAAGAUACUGCAAGAUGUUUCUCAGGAAAAUCACACCAACAAUGCGUGUUUUGCAUGCAUCCUUUUAAGCCAUGGUGAUGAAGGCAUGAUCUAUGGCACAGACGGAGCAAUGCCUAUAAAGAGACUCACUUCUCUCUUUCGAGGGGAUAUGUGCAAGACGCUUGUGGGAAAACCAAAACUCUUUUUCAUUCAGGCUUGUAGAGGUUCAGAAUUUGAUCAAGGGAUACAGACUGAUUCAGGUCCUACUGGUGAUGUAGAAACAGAUGCAAAUCCUCGACACAAAAUCCCAGUAGAAGCUGACUUCUUGUACGCCUACUCCACUGUACCAGGCUACUACUCAUGGAGGAAUCCAGGCAAGGGUUCUUGGUUUGCACAGGCCCUGUGCAAUGCCUUCAAAGAAUAUGGUAAAGAAUUUGAGAUAAUGCAGAUCCUAACCAGAGUCAACUACAUGGUGGCCAUGCACUUUGAGUCUUGGUCCGAAGAUCCACGAUUCAGCGAGAAGAAGCAGAUACCCUGCAUUGUCUCCAUGCUGACUAAAGAACUUUACUUUAAAAAGAAAUAAAGCACAACAUCUUGGUUUACAUUUCAGGGAAGUUUUGAAUUGUAAGGCUUAAGUUGCUCUUUAGGUCAGACUUUCGAGUGGAGGUUUAGAGUUGAGCUGAAGCAAAGUGCAGAAUUCAGGAAAACCAUUUGCUAUCUCUGUAAUUGAUCAUCUUGUGUUUCAUACUCUGGAGCAUAAAAAAGGUAAUGAACUGUCUGCUCUGAUAUUGUCUGGAUCAGUUCACAAUGCAGCUUAUAAAUGGCUACACUGUAAAAUUGCAAAAUGCAAAGUAUGAUUGAUAUGGAUUUGUCUCAGUUGUUAUGAUUUCUUGUUUUAAGGUAUAAUUUACAACGCUUGUUUUUACAACCUUGGCUGUGUGAAUUUCAGUACGGUUUGCAUCAUGAACUAUGAAUUUUAAACUUGAAAAAAAAUGUUAAUCAAAUAUAUUUGAUUUAUGUUUCUCAAUCAACUUUUGGGAUGGGGUCUUUUUUUUUUAAAUCCUUCAUAUACCUUUCUAAUGUGCACCAAUUUUUAGCAAAUGCAAUUUUUUUCAGUUCCUUUCUUCUUAUCAAGAAAAUCCAUUCUCUACAAUAAGCAAAGAAUGCAGUAUCUCAUACACUAUUUAUGUAAGCAAAGUUGAUGUCUUUUUUAAACUUAUUUUAUCAAACUCUUGUACUUGGGGCUGAUUGCAUGACUUAUGAGAAACAAAACUUUUUUUUUAAGCCUACUUUUCACUGACUUUGAACCCUUUUUAAUGGAUUUUCCUGUGUUUUACAACAUGUUGAUGAAUAUCAAGCAUGCAUUGGAAUUUGGAACCUAAUUUUAACAAAAUUUAAUCUAUCGUUCUUUGAACUGUUGAUUUUCUAAUGGACAAGGAAUACAUGUACACGUUGGUGUCCUGUGUGGCACUGUCUUCUUGGUGAACACCAAAACAGACUGACUAACUGCUCUUUUAUCUCAUGGCUGCUUGUUGGACAUCGCCAGUGCAAACAUCCAAAUUAUUUGCUCACAUAGCAACAGUCUAUUCACUGCAAAAAAAAAUUUAAUUAAUUGUGUGAAGAGUUUUGAGUCAUUUGAUAAGGAAGCAAAAAUAAUAGCUAGGAAACAUGUGACAGGAAAGAAAUAAUUUAUCAGGUUAAUGGUAACCAAUACCUAUGAAUGACAGGGCUAGAUUUCCGAGCUGUACAUAUUUAAUGCUCAGAAUAACUAAGUCUGUAAUCAUGAUCUUAAAAUUGUGCACUUGACCUGAUCACUUUAAAUUCAAUGAAUAACUUCAGUCUGCCAGAUCAAAGCAACGAGUGCUGCUGUUGUAUCAGACCUGAUGGCCACAAUCUGAGUAUACAGCUGCUAAUGCUCAGCCAUAAUCUUGCUUGGAAAUCUCAUUAGGGGAGCUCAGUGUUCCAUCUCAUUAGUGAGCGAAUGGCGAUAUUAUAAAAACUUAAAUAAUGGCUGCGUAUUUUCAAGUUCACUGGUGGGUCUGGCACUGAUAUUUUUCUCCUGCACCAGAAGUAGCUUGUAUUGUUAGAUUAAACAGAAGUAUUAGCCAUCCACUGAAUUUGGAGCUAUGUGAUUUGCAUUUGUCACUGUUUGCCUUGUUCCUUUGAAAAAAAAGCUGUAUCAUUGUUUAUUUUUAAUUACAGGCUAGCAGAAAGAUG